UUAGCAUCGAAUGAUGGGGAUAUAUGUCUGUUUGCUUGUUUCCUCCGCCUUUGCAGCAAGCGCGAGUUCGAGGACCUGGUCCGCAAGUGGCGCCGGACGGAGGACGACGACACCGAGGUGGAGCACGACCCACUCGAGAUCUCGGACUCCGAGAUGCUCGCGCUCAGGGACAAGACGUACCGACAUCUGCGUCUUCGCGAGCUGCUGCAGAAACAUUCCAAGAAUGCCACUUUGGUCGCUAUGACCCUCCCGAUGCCGCGCAAGAGCACCUGCUCGGCCUCCAUGUACAUGGCGUGGCUGGAGACGCUGACCAGGGACCUGCCGCCGUUCCUGCUCAUCCGAGGCAACCAGACCAGCGUGCUCACCUUCUACUCUUAGUGACGUGCCUUCCUCUGGCGCGAGCGCCCCGAAUGUCCGCGCAGCGAAAUGCGCACCCACAGGCUGCAUCGUCGAUGCAACCUGGCAACGACGACGACGACGACUAGUGCGUCUUCGAAUGACGACGCGUCUUGAUUCCCUGGUGGCGGCAUUGUGCGCGCCGUCUCGCUGUUUGGACACGGGCGCGAACCGGUGCAACUGGGCUUCCGGCCCCUGCCCUUAUUUUUGUGUGCAUUUGCGUGCAUCUGUGCGUGUUUGUGUGUGUGUGUGUCGCGUUUAAUGUUUCUUACGGCCACCGUGGCAUCGAAGUCACCGGCGCCGCCGCGAGCACUUUCUUUCGAGGGUCCACUACACUAUAGAACACUCCGGCUGGACAGCAGCCGUGCCAAGGCGAACAGACUCUUGUCGUCGUUACAUGAUGGUGACGGCGGUGCGUCUCGAAGAGACUGCAGUGUAUUGUUGCCCGCCUAGUACAUUAGUAUUAAGUCUAGUUGUUUACUCUUUUCUUUUCAUUGUCCUUUUUAUUUUCUUCUUCUUCUUGACGCUCUUCUGCUCCGUAACUCUUCUUUUAUGUGCUGGCGACUAUAGCGUCAUAUAGUGACGUGUUGCAGCUCGUCGGACAUAUCGAAAAACGUGGUAGUCUUCCCGAGGCGCAGUCCGAUAGCGCGACCGUCGCGCCACCUGUGUACAAAGGUUUCGGCGGCCCUUGCCCCCUCUGGCGACGCCUUAUGUAUAGCUUGGGUGGGAAAACCCCCUCUACCUCUGAUGUAAUCCUGUCGCAAUAUAUGUCUUCUGUUCUGACCGAUUCGUCAAUAAGUGCCCGCGUUCGCAAGCCCCUGAAAAUGAUUCCCAAUUGUGCGUUCGAGCAACGGGGGAAAAAGAAAAAGUGCUUAGUACUGUAGGAGCAGUGUAACACAGUUACAAAAUAACCUCUUCUAACUUCUCGUAAACCGGUGUAGUGUGUGUCCGGUGAUUCGCAUUGUGCCAUCGUGGAACCAUUUGGACCGUCUCGGCCCUUUGUUUGACGCUUGUAUAAUAAUCUGCGAUCAUGACCACAUUUCGUCGUCGUGUGCAAGCGUGCGUGUGAGAUGUGAGUGUGCAGUCAUACGUCAUCUUGCCUUCUGCCUUACGAAUGCAUAAGCACAGAAUACUUGCGAGAAAAAGUAUUAAUGGUUCAGGCUGCGGAGCUAAGCAGCAAGCCCAUCUUUCAUUCAGACGUGCCCGGUCAUGCAACCUUUAGAAGUCGCUGCACCGGUCCUCCGAAUGGCAGUUUUUUUUUUUUCCACUUCCCUCUUUCUUACAUAUUAGCUUUUGUGGUGCGUUUGCGCUCCCGACUUGGGUUUUGUACCUUUAAGACGACGCAUGUACAUCUCGGCCUACAUUAUGUCACUACGAAUCCCGCGAUGUGUGUCUAAUGCGACUGUUGCUGUUAGCCACUGUCCCUACAAUAAGGAUCGGAUGGAUGGGACGUAAGCUCAUAGAAAGAAGGAAAAGUAGGUUUAGCGGUAAAUCGUUGCGUGUACCCAAUGUUAAACCACAAAUCCGCCCAUUGAAUGGACUUCCAUGUGAGCCACCUAUAUAUAAAAAAAAAUGUUCUGGGGAAUCUUGUUAUGCGUUGGAUCGCCUGUAGUCCCGUUUUAUUUCUUUUCUUUUUGUCGCAGCUCAAUACUUUUGAUUAAGCUCGUAGUACCAGGUCGCUUUAAUAAAAGAUAGCUGUAUACUGCUUUUGUGCGGCGUCGCAUACAUAUAUUUAACACGACGACGCCAACAUUUUUUUUUUUUGUUCCAGUCAUUGCAUUUAUGAGCGUAGAGUUUCCCUGCGGAUCGCAUUUUAAGCCUGCGGCCAAACUAGCUGAGGCGAUGAAUUUUUACAAUUGUUAGUCCCUUGUAUUGUUCGUCAGCUCCGUUGUGAAUCUCUCUGUCAUUUUGUUCUUUUCUUUGCAAGUCUCGUCAAUGUUAGUUUUUAAGCCGCUGUCUCCGGUUACAACGACCCCGUGUACGAAGUUUUACUCUUAGACGACCGUGGUAUUUCAUCGUUCAACUGCUGCGGUAUUCUGGAAAAAAAAAAGAAAAGAAAGGCUCACAGGAUAUUUUUUGCUUUUUAAGAACUUUUCUCACUGAGCAAUAGAUAACGACCAGCCGAAGAGCGAAAUAUUGCUUUAACGUAGCGUACUCGCUGUACCGUCUGACGGGCCUGUUUGUUUCCCGGAAUACUAUAGUGAUGGGGCGAAGCCUUACAUCGCCUCUGCAUCGAGCAGCAUACAUUAGCCAUUUAGGCGUCGCGGCAGUGCCUUUCACGCCACGGCCAUCGCGAAUUCCUCGUCGUUUUAUUCGCCCGAUGGCCAGCUUUAGUUAACGCUUCACCGUGAGCCACGCAAGCGGACGGUAGUAUGGCUAUUUGUGAAGUAGUGGCGCGCUGUCACAGUUUUUUUUUUUCUUUUUCAAGUUAGGCGUGAAGCGACGUUCCAAACGUCGACUUCUCCCGUUCGCGAGCACGUCUUCAGCUUCACUUCACGAGUACUUAUCUGGGUAACUUUUCCUUCUGUACUGUUUGCAAUGCGCGUCUGUAACUUACAAUGUAUAGACCUACUGUUAAUGGCUCAACUAUUCUUUUUCGCGAUCUAUCUUUUUCUUUUUUAUCGGGGAGCGUAAACAAAGUUUCCUCGCAUUUUCGCGUUCAGUUACUAAGCGCGGGGCCCUGAAAUACAUUUCGUCAGAGCUUCAGUUUAUUUGCUUCUCAGCAGCGGUACUCCUCCUUAUUAAAAAAAAAAAAAUGAUUGCAAGCGUUUUCUGUAAUGUAGAGAUGCGGCAGUGUUGUCUAAGUAGCGUGACGCAUGGAAGCGUGAAACUGUGACGUCACGCUAUUCGGCUGGUUACUCGUCCAUUCAAAGGCGAGCGCCAGCUACGCGUGAAUCACAGUGGAAACGUCGGCCCACUAGCGUCGAGUCCGUCUGCUAUAUGGAACGCGUUGGUUGGUUUACAAGAUUUCGCGAAGCACGUGUGACAUCUCCUGUGCUCGAUCAGACGCGGUCAACUUUCGCUUCACUUUUCUAUAGAAGAGUUCAUUGUUGGGCUAGUUAGUUUUCCUUAAUCGAAGUAGUAACUUAGCGCGAUAAAAACGCAGAAACAAGAAAGGUGGACGAAGACAAGUGUGCUUGUCUUCGUCAACCUUUCUCGUUUCUGUGUUUCUAUCGCGCUAAGUUACUACUUCGCUUCACUUUGAUUCGCUAAUCUCGCAGGAACGUCUGUUCCUGCGUAUGUUUUACUUUGCCAUGCACGGAAACUGACCCCGCGGUAGAUGGCGUUCCUUGUGGUGUACGAAAAAAAAUGGAGCAUUCGGACGCAGGUGAACGACACCUCCUAUAUGUCGGAAGAGUUGCGCAUUCUAAUCGCAGUGUCGUCUAGGAAGGCCAUAUUGGCUAAGAGAUGUUCGAGCUAGCAAAGAUUUGAAACACGAAGUACACAAGUGUUUAUUACUUUUUUCAGGGCCCUUUUAAAUUCUGUUGUCAUUUAUAAUAGCGAUAGAGCGUAGUUCCCGGGAAACUUCUGUCGAUUGCAGAGGCUAUCAAUACAAUGCCUUCACAACAGGUUUUUUUUUUCCCCCUCCACGUUAACUCUCUGUGUAAUUUGUCAGGAGUCGCAUCAUUCGAAGACGCCGGUCACGUCUUCGCUAGAAAUGCUACUAUUUUUGUACGGCAAUGUAAAUAGGAAAAGUUUGGACUACCACUGUAGGCAGUAUUUUAGUUGUACAUAGUGUGUUGUAGUGUCCUCUUCCAUGCAUUUCUUUUCUUUUCUUUUUACGCUGGUGUAAAGUUGGCAAAUAGCGCAAUUUUUUUUUUUUUUGCGCCGUCUUUGGCGCUGACCUGUAUCCAUUCUUCUUUUUUUUGUUCGUUUUUUCUUUACGAGUAUGCCUAGAAAUUUGCAGUGUCAAAACAAAGUGCCUUUGGAUAGAGGGAGCGUGUUUGAACGCGCCUUUCACUGUUCACACUUGUUUUUUAGGAAACUGAAUUUGCCUGACCCGCGCGGUCGUCCUCUGCGUCUCCUCACAUUGACUGUUCCAACUUGUUUCUUGGACUUCAAUAAAUGAGAGUGUGCGGGUCAACUUA